GCGGCAGGUGCGUCCUCCUCGCGCAGCAUCCCUCUCUGCCUCCGCCCUCCCGCUGCGCUCUGACGCGCAGGGAGGAUUUAAGCGCGCGCGGCGGGUUGAUGAGGGCUUUCUGACACUGACAGAUUGCAAAACUUGACGGUUUCGAUUCUUCUCGAGUUCCUGGUCGGAGAUGAACCCUGAGCUGGAUUACGGAGGCUCCGGGAGCAGCGGCAACGGGAAGCUGCGCCAGUGGCUCAUCGAGCAGGUGGACUGCGGGAAAUACCCCGGCCUGGUGUGGGAGAACGAUGAGAAGUCCAUCUUCAGGAUCCCGUGGAAACACGCAGGGAAACAGGACUACAACCGGGACGAGGAUGCCGCGCUUUUCAAGGCAUGGGCUCUGUUUAAAGGCAAGUUUCGGGAGGGCAUUGACAAGCCGGACCCCCCCACGUGGAAGACGCGCUUGCGCUGCGCCCUCAACAAGAGCAACGACUUUGAAGAACUUGUGGAGAGAAGCCAGUUGGACAUUUCAGAUCCCUACAAAGUGUACCGCAUCAUCCCGGAGGGAGCCAAGAAAAGACCCAGACAGGAGGACAGUCCUCUGAGUCCAGCCAGCUAUCAGAUGCACCCCUCCUUCCCCACUGUGCCCUCCCAGUACAUCCCCAGUCCAGAAUGCAGCUGGAGAGAUUACUGUCCAGAGCAGGCGUCUCUGCCAGAACUCCCCUUCACUCAGUGUCCCUGUCCCCCCCGCAGCCUGCCGUGGCAGCCCCCAUCCAUGGAAAACGGGUACCAGCUCAGAGCUUCCAUCUACUCGUACGGCCCGGCGGACAGCCAGCCCUCGCCCUUCUCUCUGGACGCCAGCAUCAGAUCAGCCGAGGCGCUCUCAGACUACCGUCUGCACGUGUCCGUGUAUUUACGGGACACUCUGGUGAGGGAGGUGACCACAUCCAGUCCGGAGGGCUGCCACAUCACUCCCUGCUCCCUGGAGAAGCACUAUCUGACGCCCGGAGGCCCAGAAAUCGUCCCCCUGCCUGUCGACAACCUCUCGACACAGAGGAGGGGGGACGAGUGUCCACCGAGUCCGCCGUCCGUCCUGGAGAAGGGCGUCCUGCUGUGGAUGGGCGCAGAUGGACUCUAUGCUCGCAGGAUGUGUCAGAGCCGGGUGUACUGGGAGGGAGGCCCGUCGCCGUACGGAGACAAACCCAACAAGCUGGAGAGAGAGGUCAUCUGUAAACUUGUGCACACGCAGGACUACCUCACAGAGAUCCAGAGUUAUGGGCUCCACGGUCGGCCGCCGGCUCGUUUCCAGGUCCUACUGAGUUUUGGAGACGAGUGUCUGGACCCGCAGAGACAAAGACGGACGCUCACUGUCCAGGUGGAGCCGUUGUUCUCCAGGCAGCUCCUGUUCUACGCCCAGCAGCCGGGCGGCCACUACUACCGCAGCUACGAGCACCCGGGAGUGACGGAGCACAUCAACGCCACCGAGGACUACCAGAGAGCGGUCACACACCUCCACAGCAGCAGCCUGCAGGAGUGA